AUGCUGCUUAAUUUCAACUACAACCACUCACUCAUGCUUUGGAAUCCCAUCACCAUGUUCAUGAUAUUUGAAGCUCAACUCACUCUCCUCAAUUAUCAUGCAGCCUCAACGGCACAGAUAGAGUCCCAGGCCAUGCGGUCCUUAAGUUUUCAGGAUGUUGGCUCAUCCGCAGCGGAUAUUGGUGCAGGAAGAAGCAACCAAGACUCUGAUUUGGGCCCAUAUUCACUCAGCAAUGAUUUCAAUGUUCCAUGGGACGUCAGAGAGCAACUGGCUGUGCGUGAAUACGCUCUCAAAGACCAACACCACUUAAUUUUUGCCCAACAAUGA